AGUGUAUUAUGAGACUUCAGCAAGGACUCCUGGGAAGCAGGUCAAAGAUCCAUCAUUAAACAGCUGAUUCUUAAAGACCGGAUCAUAACCACAUACCCAAGCGGGAGUUUUUGUCAGUUCGUUCAGAUUGCUGCUUUAAUUACUGUGAAAGUAAUUACCAGAAGGAGAAGGGAGAGAUGACCGCGGUUCUGGAUAGCCUCGGUUCGGAUAUGCACACAACACAUCUUACCUCCAGCAACUUCAGCACCGUGCACAAGUCUCAGGACUCGCCCACACUGCCGGUGUCCACCGUCACCGACAGCAGUUUCUACAGCGUUCCUCAGAGCGCAAAUUGCGCAGGAACGGCGGCUUACGCGCAGCUCGCCUCCUACUCAUACUCGCAUGGUGGAGGGGUGAGCGUGGGAGCCUACAGCCCCAAGCCCUACGACAUGGGCUUCGGCUCUUCAUACGGCGCUUAUAGCACCUACGGACCCGGGUCUUCAUCACCUACUCCUACAGAGCCAGAGAAAGAUGAGAGCGAGCCAGAGGUGCGCAUGGUGAAUGGAAAGCCAAAGAAAGUCAGGAAACCACGAACCAUCUACUCGAGCUUCCAGCUGGCUGCCCUCCAGCGCCGCUUCCAGAAGACACAGUACUUGGCGCUACCGGAGCGUGCAGAGCUCGCAGCCUCCCUGGGCCUCACGCAGACUCAGGUGAAGAUCUGGUUUCAGAACCGGCGCUCCAAGUUCAAAAAGUUGUGGAAAAAUGGGGAGAUUCCACCAGAGCAACACGUGGGCUCAGGUGACUCUCCUCCAGCAUCUCCUCCCCCGCACACUGCCUGGGAUUUCCCCCCAAAUCAACAAGCUACAGGAGACGGGGACUCGAACCCAGAGCAGGCUCCUGGUCCCCCCAACACCACUGCACCAUCAUAUUUGUCCAACUAUCCAUGGUACUCUUCCACAAACGCACAUUUACAGCCAAGCGUGCUCUCACAACCCCAUCACAACUCUGCCAUGAGCGCUGGUGCCAUUUUCUAGCCAUGAACUAGAUCGGAUCGGAUGCACCUGUUACAGAACAAUGAACUUGUAGUGCACAUACAAGCAUGGAGAAAGAAAAACACUAACUCCAACAUGCAAUUUGAAUUCUGAUGUUUUUUUUCCUUUUGCUGUGGAUUUCCGUGGUGCACUCGAGCUGCGCAGAAUAACAUGCAACAAAUCGACGCACAUUAAAUUAUUUUUCUAUUUAUUUAUUUGUUUGGUUUGCAGUCACAGGACAGUGGGACAAAUCACAUGCCAAGUAAAACAAACAAACAAACAAACAAACAAACGGGUAGCCUUUUAUUGCGUGCAUUAUACAUUUUCCUAUCAGACUAUAUUAGGCCAACAGAGUAAUCUAUCAUGCUG